CAAUUGCAUCCGUAUCCCGUCUCCUUUCAGCCUCCAUCAUGGGUCCCGAAGCUUUGCAGAAGAAAUUCGAAGAUGAAGUUGAGACUUACAAGAAAUUACAGAAAGAUCUGACCAAGACCAAUGGCUUGCGCUCCCAGCUUGAUGGCCAAUUGAAUGAAAAUAAAGUAGUUAAAGAGGAGCUUGAUCUCAUUGAUGACUCAGCAGUUGUGUACAAGCUUAUUGGACCUGCUCUCAUUCGGCAAGACCUGGAGGAAGCUCGGCAGAAUGUCAACAAGAGAAUAGAUUAUAUACAGCAAGAAAUGCUAGAGAAAGAGGCGGAGGGGAAGCGUGACAACCUGAACAAAAUCCAGCAGCAGUUGAUUCUGAAAGCCCAGGUUCCUCAGCAGAAGAAGUGAAGAGUUCCUUUUUUCAAUUUUGUACAUCUUUCUUUUCUCUUGGAUGUGAUUCAGUUGUUGGACAUGAAUUUGUUACUGCUCGGAAGAGUAAGAAAAAAGAAGCUUGAAAAGUAAAACAGGACUUCUGUUGAAAUUUGAAUGCUUUUGUGAUGGGUGACUUUUUUAUCAUUUUUGUAAAACCUAAGAUAGAAUUGCCUAAUUGCUUACAAUAUUGUGUUACUUGGUUAUAUUACAUGCAUCCUGUAAAACAUUUAGAAAUGUAACUCACUCUUAAAUAACUUUCUAAUUGUCAUUACUGUAGAAAGUAUUUUCCCAAAUAACUAUUGUUUUAUUUGUGUUAAUUACCUGCAGCUGUGCACACCAGUGAAUUAAUAAAAUGCUCUUAUCCCACAAUGCAAUUUAACUGAUGAUAAGGAGGAGGAUGACAUAUUCCUUUGAGUCAGAGGUGUAUUUUAAUUGGUUGCAUUUCUACCAUCAUAUGUUGCACAUUUUCCUUUUCAUUAAGGAUCAAUAUAUGCUUUAAAAGUUA